AUGACCCAACCUGUCAUACUAGAUUCACCAACGAAGAGGGAGACGGAUGACUCGAAGGUCGAUCCUCGCAGUACAUUCGACUACUACGGUGCAUGCUAUGAUGUGUCUCUGGACGGCAAGAUAAGAGAGAGUUGCCGACUCACGGUUAAUUCUGCAGAGCCAAUGCCUAUCGAGACUGCUUGGUUCAAAGGUCACAUAAUGGUCAUGCACAAACCCCCAGGGCCAGAUGGCACACCCUUCCGCUAUCUCGACUAUCUGGGUCCCAAGAGAAGGCGUUGGGAGAUGCGAUGGCAAGGUCGGUUCAAGAAGGAGGUCCCGUCCGACUUGCGGUUUGGCCUAGAGGUCGACAACGAUCCUCCAGAGUUGGGAUUUGCAACCCGUACACUAGUGCGGAUUCUUCUCAAAGUCGCAUCCCGAUUGGCGGAGGCUCGGGGUUCUCAUUUAUAUUGCAAUUUUGGCAGCAAGCGACAGAGUGAUCACGGCGCAACGUAUUUCAUGUUCCCAUUACAGUCCGCGGAUACUAUCUUGGAGCACGACAUCGACGAUCCGGCUAUCCCGGCUAUUUGCUCCAAUGAGAACUUGAAAGGAAGUGUCCCAAUGAAGCACAAGUUCAGAACUGAUAAAGUGUACACAUUUUGCUACUAUUCUAUGUACUGUGAUUUUGUCACUUGGGAUAUACGGAACGUCUUCGGUGUAUCCGGUGCCUGUUUGAAGUCUAUGCUCGGGCCUCAGCCAUUCCGCAUUGCAUUGAAGGACCCAAUCAACAACGAGUAUUAUAUGAACAUGCUUUUAGCACAUAGAACUCUCAGCCGAGAGUGGGCGGCGCACUUCGAGAGUCAGGACGAGGAAGAACUGGAAAGAGAACACAGUGUUGCCAGCUUCUACUCUGCUGUUAGUGGUAACGAUAGCCCCAAGGUUUCUCUCGCACAAGCAGUAAGCUCGCCUGUGAGUUGUACGAAGAAGUCAAUUCGGUCUCGUAUAUGGCAAUGGAUCUUCGUACCUUGCAUUGCCUCAAGGAAGCAACUUGCCGAGCAAGGUUCGCGAGCAUACCAGGAGUUCGCCGACGAUGUUCAAGCCAUAAAUUUGGAGUAUCGUGUUCAAGUUGUGAGAUGA